GGGCCUGCGCGUUCGUGCGCCUGGAGGGCGGGGUGUCUCAGAGACUAUUCCUUCCAGUAGCUUUUGUCUUUUUGAGACAGGGUCUCCCCGUAGCCCCAGCUGUCCUGGAACCCACUAUGUAGACCAGGCUGGCCUUGAACUCACAGAGAUCCCCCUGCCUCUGCCUUCCGAGUGCAGGGAUUAAAGACGUGCACCACCACGCCCGGCAGCUUUACGUUUUUGAGCGCAUUAUUUUGGAUUGUACGUUGGAGAUACAGGUGAACGUGGCAGAAGACAGGUCAUUCCCUGUGCAUAGGGUCCAGAUUUCCUGCCCCACGUCUAGGAGCUGCAGGUUCCGACCAGUUCAUUGGGAGCUCUGGACCUCAGGUCUGUGACGGUGGGUAAGGCAUGAUGUGACCUGAAUGUAUCCCCGAACUCCACCUCCCUAGUCUUCCCAGGUUCACACCUCACCAUUUCCACCCAGUACUGCCACUCCACCCCACUUGGUUCUGGGGCUCCACCUGCGCCUAUAUUGCCCCCUACUUCUCCUCUACCCGACUGACUACCUUCAGUCUUGCCCACCCCUACGAAGCCCCCACUUCUACCGUCUUCAGGCAGCAUGCCCGGACCCUGUGGUACGACAGGCCCAAGUAUGUUCACAUGGAGUUUUGUGUUGAGGACAGCACCGAUGUCCAUGUGCUCAUUGAAGAUGAGCGGAUUGUGUUCAGCUGUAGGAAUGGUGAUGGAGUGGAGUUGUACAACGAGAUUGAAUUCUAUGCGAAGGUGAACUCCAAGGACUCCCAGGAUAAACGUUCAGGCCGCUCCAUUACUUGCUUUGUGAGGAAGUGGAAGGAGAAGGUGGCUUGGCCCAGGCUCACCAAGGAGGAUAUUAAGCCUGUGUGGCUGUCGGUGGACUUUGAUAACUGGAGAGACUGGGAAGGAGAUGAAGAGGUGGAGUUGGCUCAGGUGGAACAUUAUGCAGAGCUUUUGAACAAGGUCAGUACCAAGAGACCUCCCCCUGCCAUGGAUGAUCUGGAUGAUGAUUCUGACAGUGCAGAUGCAACAAUUAAUUAACUUUCGGUGACAGAGUUGGAGAAGAGGAUGUGGCUACCUUCUGUUCUACUGAAAAGCCAUGACGGAGCCUUUGUCAGCUCUUUUCUUGUGCAGCAAGAUCUACAGAGAUCUCUGGACUUCUCUAGAAGCUCCUUCUUAAGGGUCCCCUGUCAUGAUUUAUGUAUUCCUCCUGGGCACUUGAGCAUGGUCCUGCAUCAGAAAGUAGGAAAGGGGAGGAGCAGACUGGUGGGACUUUUGACUUCCCGACUGACUUAGAAUCCGUGCUCAGGAUGCUUGGUUAUUUGGACUUGGUGUACAUGUGGCAAAGCAAAAGCCAAAGAAGGAAGAUUCGAAUUACAAUAAAGCUCUAGGAAUGGUU